CAAAUUAAAAGCCUAUUAACCACUUAAGGAACAAAUAAAAAAGGUUGAUUCAGAGGUGUGGGGAGUUUGCUAAAUCAAAGAGGUGGGGAUGGGGUGGGAUGAGGUGGAGUGGGGUGGUACGGGUGUGUGCAAUCGUAUGUGUUGCGUGCAUGGGGUGUGUGUGUAUGCAUGUAAGUAUGUGUGUGAUUUGAGGGCAGACGACAUACAUUUGACGCAGAGCGAAGGCAUUGAGGCCGAAUGUUGCUUUGGUGUUAAGGGCAAGAGAGAUAGAGGAACAGUGUUGAAAAAGAGAAGGCACGAAGAAGGAGGAGAAUUGGGGGAGACAUUCAGGCAUGUAAUGGGCGGGACAUUAGGUCAAUAUUUUAGGGAUAAUUUUUGGUAUGGAAAGGAGAUGAUCUCUAUCUCGAUGGGGAGAGAGAGAAGAGUGAUGGGGAAGAUUGUGUGAGAUUCGGGGAGAGAGAGAUGACAGAGAGAUUAGGCAAAGAUUGGGGGAGGAGGGACUUUGUGUCCGUGAAAUGGGGCGAGAGAGAGA